UGCCACAGCCCAGCCGGCACAUGUCCACCAUGCGCUCGGCUCAGACCUUCUCCACGGCCCUCGCCGAGAUGCAGAAGUUCUACGGCAUCGCCAUCACUGGCGUCCUGGAUGAGGAGACCAAGGCGUGGAUGAAACGUCCCCGCUGCGGGGUCCCGGACCAGUUUGGAGCGCGGAUGAAGUCCAACAUGCGACGGAAGCGGUAUGCGCUGACAGGGCGGCGCUGGAGCCAGAGCCAUCUCACCUUCAGCAUUCAAAACUACACGGAGAAGCUGGGUCGGUACCACUCGUACGAGGCUGUCCGCCGAGCAUUCCGGGUGUGGGAGCAAGCCACACCGCUGGUUUUCCGGGAGGUGCCUUACGAGGACAUCCGGCAGAAGCGGAAGAAGGAGGCUGACAUCAUGGUGCUCUUCGCCUCUGGCUUCCAUGGAGACAGCUCCCCCUUUGAUGGCAUCGGGGGGUUUUUGGCUCACGCCUACUUUCCCGGCCCUGGCAUGGGGGGGGACACGCAUUUUGACUUGGAUGAGCCCUGGACACUGGAGAACACAGAUGUAUCUGGGAACAACCUUUUCUUGGUGGCCGUGCACGAGCUGGGGCACUCACUGGGCUUGGAGCACUCCAGCAACCCCAGUGCGAUCAUGGCCCCCUUCUACCAGUGGAUGGACACAGAGAACUUCCACCUGCCCGAGGAUGACCUCAAGGGCAUCCAGCAGCUCUACGGUACCACAGAUGGGCACCCUCAGCCCACCAAACCUUUGCCCACCGUGACACCCCGAAGACCUGGCAGGCCAGACCAGAGACCCCCCAGGCCACCCCCUCCAGGGAAACCGGACCGACCCCCCAAGCCAGGCAGCCCAGACCGGCCUGACCAGUACGGCCCCGACAUCUGCGAUGGGAACUUCAACACAGUGGCGGUGCUGCGUGGGGAGAUGUUUGUGUUCAAGGGCCGGUGGUUCUGGAGGGUCCGGCAUAAUCGGGUGCUGGACAACUACCCCAUGCCCAUUGGGCACUUCUGGCGCGGCCUCCCUGGGGACAUCGAUGCCGCCUAUGAGAGGCACGACGGGAAGUUUGUCUUCUUUAAAGGUAAGCAGGGGAGCAGGGUGGGAAGGCCAAGGCAGAGAGGGGGGGACCCCAGUGCUCCCCAUCUCCAAGCUGCUGAGAGCUGGGGACCGGGCAUCCCCUAUGACAGCAUCGACACAGCUGUCUGGUGGGAACCCACAGGCCACACCUUCUUCUUCCGUGGGGACAGAUACUGGCGCUUUAACGAGGACACCCGUGCCGUGGACCCUGGGUACCCGAAGCCUAUCUCCGUCUGGGUGGGCAUACCACCCUCACCUAAAGGCGCCUUCCUCAGCCCAGAUGCGUCCUCCACCUACUUCUACAGAGGCACAAAGUACUGGAAAUUCGACAAUGAGCGGCUCAAGACGGAGCCGGGUUAUCCCAAGUCCAUUCUGCGUGACUUCAUGGGCUGUCACACAGAGCUGGUCCCAGACCCCCAUCCCCACUGGCCUGGUGGGGACCAGCCCCCCUUCAACCCUGAUGGGGACGGGCAGGCUGAAGGCAAUGAGGAGGAAGAGGAGGAGGAGGAAGAGGAUUAUGGUGAGGGUGGCCACAAGCCGGGCAGGGACGUGGAUGUGGUGGUGCAGAUUGAUGAGUACACGCGCACCAUGAGUGUGGUCAUGGUGCUGGUGCUGCUGGUGCUGCUGCUGUGCAUCCUCGGCCUCAUCUAUGUCAUCGUCCAGAUGCAGAGGAAGGGCACCCCACGGAUGCUCUUGUACUGCAAGCGCUCCCUGCAGGAGUGGGUCUGA